AUGUCAAGAGUUUGUGAAAUUACUGGAAAAAAGGCUAUGGUAGGGAAUAAUGUAUCCCAUGCCAACAAUAAAACCAAAAGACGUUUUGAAAUCAACUUGUUUAAGAAACGUUUUUAUGUGCCCACGGAGGACGUUUGGGUUACCCUAAGAGUAACACCCCAUGGUCUGAAAAUCAUUGAUAAAAUUGGAAUUGAGGAGGCGUUAAAGCGAUCUCGCAUCAUGGCAAAGAAAGGCAAUCGUGUACAAGUGAUAUUGGAGUGCACCGAACAUAAAGAGUCGGGAGUACCAGGUACUUCAAGAUACAUCACCACCAAAAAUAAGAAGAACACUCCAGAUCGUGUAGAGUUGAAAAAAUUCAACCCAGUGCUUAAAAAGUACACCGUUCACAAGGAGAUUAAAUAA